CAACCGGCCGGCCACCUGGCGAGACCUGGGCCGCGACGGCUGCUGCAACGGGGAACAACCACCGCGCCAACAUGCCGCGCUGCCUCAUGGCCAAGAAAUGGAAGGCCUACCCGUGGCCGGAUCGCGUGGACGAUCCGCAGGAGGAGGAGAACGAUCCUUCGGGGGUGCUGCAGGAGAGCCAUGGCGUGCAGCAGACCACCGCUUCGCUGGAGAAGAGGCAGCACAGGCACGAGCCCGUGGAGGACGAGGAGAUCGACGUGGUCGGGGACACGGAUAGCAGGCAGACAGUCGAUCAUCAGCAGACUUGUUGGGGCCCCCAUAGCCCCACCGCUGGUGCAACCGCGCCUAGCCCACCGCCGCUCAACGCCUCCGGUGCUCUCUAUUAUCAUGGUUACACGCACGAGUCGUGGAUCAACCACGAGGAGCCGCCGAAGUACGCGACGCUACGUUCGGCCGCGGAGCUGGCCCGACCCGUGGUACCGUCCCCUCCGCCCCCGGCCGCCCCCCAGGAGCUGGCUGCAGUGGUGACCGGGUCCGGCCUGCACCAACCGCACCCAGCCCCAACGACGACCCCGUCGGCCACGUCGCUGAGCCUGCCCCCGAGGAAGAGCCUCUCGAUGUGUUUCACCAGCACGGGGACGGCGCUCUCGUUGCCCCCCAAGAAGAAGGACAUAUACCGGCCCUACAGCCUUCAGCCGACGUCGGAGAUCCGCACGUCGGCCGAGGAGGACCUGUCCGCCGCGCAGGCGAUCCUCGACCUGAGCGCGUCACCGGCUGCGCCCACCCACUCUGUCUUCAUUCACACUUUGUCGCCGCCGCCGCCGCCCCCGCCCCCGCAGGCAGCGCCAGGCGUCACGCCGAACGGCCAGCUGCAACCUGCACAGCUACAGCCGCCGCCGACCGCUCAGCCCAUCCCCGUGUCCGUGCUUGUACCGGUGCCCAGCUCGCAGACCAACCAGCUGCGCCAACAGGAGCAAACGCCCCAACCCCAAUCACCGGCCACCGCGGAGACGAAUGCGAACAACUGCACUGGCGGGAGAGAUGGAACCAGCAGUGGCGGAAGCAAGACGGUGGCCUACACGUACGAGGCGUUCUUCGUGUCGGACGGCCGGUCGAAGCGUCGAAGCGCGAACACGAACGGGGCGGCGGUGCCCGACAAGGAGGCAGCCCAGCCGGACAGGCCGAAGUUCACGUGCACGGAGUGCGGGAAGCAAUACGCGACCUCGUCGAAUCUGUCCCGGCACAAGCAGACGCACCGAAGCCUCGAUUCCCAAUCGGCGAAGAAGUGCAUCCACUGCGGCAAGGCGUACGUCAGCAUGCCGGCGUUGGCGAUGCACGUGCUCACCCACAAGCUUGCCCACAGCUGCGGCGUCUGCGGCAAGAUGUUCUCCAGGCCUUGGCUGCUCCAAGGCCACCUGAGAAGUCACACGGGUGAGAAGCCUUACGGGUGCGCGCACUGCGGCAAGGCGUUCGCAGACCGGUCGAAUCUCCGCGCCCACAUGCAGACCCAUUCCGCGGACAAGAACUACGAGUGCUCGAGAUGCCACAAGACGUUCGCCCUCAAGUCUUAUCUGAACAAGCACCUCGAGUCCGCCUGUCUACGCGAUGACGAGAUACCGCCACCAUCGCAGCAGCAGCAGCAGCAGCAACAGCAACAGCAGCAACAAACGGGAGCUACGAACGGUAAUAAUAAUAACAACGCGACGACGCAACACCAGCAGAGCAACAAUCGUAGUUUGUAGCAGCGCUUCGACGACAGGAAGGCUACGAGCAGGCGUCUCGACGCCAUGGCAAGGGAGAGCUAGCGGUUGUUCCCGGCGACACCCGGUUAAAACCGGGGUAUACACGAACGAGAUCGUCGAUGGGGAUGAAGGGAAGAGGAAAUGAAGAGAGAGGGGAAAAAAGAAAAUAAAAGGUUUGCCGUAGGUUUUAAGUAGAAAAGUGCCAGUAGAGAAAAAUGGAGGAUAAUAGAGAGAAGUAACCGAAUGGUAGUGUUGUAGAAGGGAAGUAAGAGAGAGAGAGAGAGAGAGAGAGAGAGAAAGGGAGAGAGAGAAAGAGAGAGAGAGAGUGGAAGAUGUCGGUUUCUUAAAUAAUGUCUAACAUUGAUAAAAACGUCCAAUAAUGUUAAGUCUUAAAAAAAAAAAAAAAAAAACGAGCAGAAAGAGAGAGAGAGAAAGAAAGAGAGAGAAAAAAGAACAAAAAAAGAGAAGAAACGAAACGACGAAGGAAAAUAAGAGGGAACGAUAAACGAGAAAGGAAAAGAAUAUAAGAAAGAGAGAGAGAAAAGAAAAAAAAAACGAGAACAAAGAACACGUCGAACGGUGACGUCCACACUGCAGUCUAGUCACUCUAGUCGAUUAUACUUAAUACAUUAUGAUAUUAUAUUAUUAUAUA